CUAAAUCUUGUCAGUGCAAAACCAUCGCUGUCUUAACAUCAGCUGCCAUUUUGUAGAUCGGAGAACAAGGACAAAUUUUCAUUUUGCCGAUGAAUAGUUGAAACUUAUUAAAUUUCUUUAGCUUUGCGGGGAAAUUAUAGGAAUCUGCAGUUUUUUUCCUCCGCCGUUUAAGAGAGUUGCACUCCAGCUUUCGGGGCAUUUGGAAAAUAUGUGUUGGCAACGCUGCUCAUAUAGCCCAUACAUCAAGGCAACUCUGUAACAUAUGAAUUAAACAACAAUAAAAAUUUGACCGGCUGAGUUAAUAUAAACAUAGACGCUAGAAAAUUAAAGUUUUUUUACACAAUGGAAAUUGUAAAUCCUUGCUUUUCAGCCCUUUCCAAUUACGAGGUAAUGGAGUCGCUGAAAACACUUAAGGACACGAAGAAGAAGCAAGGAUUGCGGAAUUUAGCUACAAUAACUUAUGAGUCAUUACAAUACCUGGAGGAUUCACCAUGUAAGCAGCAAUCUCGGGAGACCAUUCAUGCUUUUUUAACUAAAGUGCGGCAGCUAACCUGCAAAUUGACAACCACAGAAUGCUUAAUGAUUGUCAACGAUCCACCCACUAGUGCAUUGCACAUUCAACUGCUAAUCGAAGACAGUGAAGAACGCUUAACCGAGGAGCAAGUGAAUGAACUUUUACAAAUUGUGGCUAGGCACUUUCCCAAUAUAUCCAGUGAAAACAGUUGAAAAUAAACAAUUAACAUUUUUUUAUGUAAAGUA